CUGCUCUCUCUAAUCUUGGUGGCCGCUCCUUUUCACACACGCGCGUGUGGUAAGGCAUCCACGCUGCAAAUAAAAAACGGGGCAUUGCACGGCAAAGCUUCUUUACAAGACCGGGAGAAGCAGGCGGGAAGAAGCAACUACACCCCCGGUGUGAGGUCUUCGGCCCCUUUUUUUUUUACGUUUCUCGAGGACGGCUGUCUAACUCCCCUCGUUCGCGUCUCGGAACGUUACGCUUUCGCACCUCAGGGAGCGACUUCCGUCCGAGUAUAUACGCUGGGGAAAGCACUGACAGGUGCAUAUGUGCUCCAGUAUCGUCGCUUCGGCCGCCACGUCCAAUCUUGCGUACCGUUCGCCACCGUCGCGUCUCACUCCCCUGCGCUGCGCGUGUUGCAGCCCAGACGGCGGCGGGCACCACCACCACGAUGCUAGGAGAGCAGCUGGAAGCGAGAGAAGAGCUGGUCGAGACGGAAGACGACCGUGAGGCGAUGAAUCUCGAGGAGCGUUUCGAGAUUCUUGACAAUCUGGGAAGUGGAGCGUACGCAACCGUCUACCGGGCGAGGGACCGUUCGCGCGGCGGAGAAGUGGUCGCGCUGAAGAAGGUCUAUGUCAGAGAAGAUCGCGAAAUUGGUAUCCCGCAGUUUAUCAUGCGGGAGGUGGCGAACCUGAAGCGGCUCUCAACACCUGGGCAUAGAAAGGAUCCGCACAUUGUACGUUUGUUGGAUGUUCAGUCGGCAGAGGGGCGCUACCGCAAUGAGCAGAUCUUCUAUCUGGUAUUCGAGCACAUGGACCAAGACCUAGACCAGUUCAUUCGCGCCUGCCCCUCUCCUGGAAUGAACGAGACCAUCAUUCGAGACUUCCUGGCCCAGAUCCUGGACGGCGUGGACUGGAUGCACGUCAACAACAUCGUCCACAGAGACCUCAAACCGCAGAACAUUCUCGUCAGUUGCGACGGGAAAAAGCUCAAGAUCGCUGAUCUCGGACUCUCAAGAAGCAUCGGAUCCAACGUAGUUCUUUCAACGCAGGUAGUGACACAGUGGUACAGAGCGCCUGAAGUUUUACUCCACUCUUCAUACAGCAAGCCAGUUGACGUGUGGAGCGUCGGCUGUAUCUUUGCCGAAAUGAUUAGAGGGAGGCCUCUGUUUGCUGCCAGGAGGAAGGGUGAAAAACAUCAACUGGAAGAGAUAUUCAGUAUAAUAGGAACCCCCACCACAGCCCAGUGGCCGGUAGAGUCUAGUAUAACAGUGGACCAGUUCGUCCAAUUCAAAGCAAAGCCUUGGCUACAGCUGCUUCCAGAAGCCUCCGACGACGCCCAAGACCUCCUCUCACAAAUGCUACAGUUCCAGCCGUUACAGAGAGUGUCAACAAAAGACUCCCUCCACCACCCCUACAUCACCAGCAAGGCCUCCCAGGACGAAGUGGAAGAGGAGGAGGAGGAGGAGGAGAGGAGGGUUACAAGACACCAGACUCCACCCAAAACAGCUCACACUCCUCCGACUCGAGUCCUCAUCUGGACAUCUCCAACUCUUCUGAUUCCGGAAUCCUCCCAGACUCAACCUCCUCCUCCUGUCCUUCAUAGCCGGGGUGGGCGUGGUCAGGUGUAAUCGUGGGUAGGGCUAAGGGACACUUUAUUGUAUUUAUAUUUCGUGUCUUUUUGACACGGUGGAUUGUGAUCUGCGAGUUGCGCGACGGCGUAUUAAGACAACAAAAGUCAACAUUAAUUAUUAUUGUGAGAUGAAGGUUGGACAAUGAAAUCAGUAAUUAUUAUUGAUGGGAGGGAAGCUAAACACUGUCAGACUGAACUGCUGUUUUCACUUUCAUGAAUCAAGGCACUCAUUGUUGUAGACAAUACAUUUUUCUUUGGGAAGUGAGGUGUUUGUAUAUACAAGAGCAACUACAGUAAUCCACAUUCUCAACGUUCUAUGUGAUUAUGCAUGUAGCCUGUUGCGCUUUUGAGAUAAAAAUAAAACCUAGCCAACAAGAUGUAACUAUUGUAUUAAUCUCUGUCCCUUUGUAAUUUCAAUGCAAAAAU